GCCUUACUGUAGCCUGUGGCUGUCACACAGAGAAGUUGACCCCAUACAUUGUAACGGUGUGACCGGGGACGGGGCGUCGAGAGACGGGAGUUUUACACGGUGCGGAGGUCGGUUUUUUUUCGGUUAACUCGGUGUUAACGGCUAGAGGAGGCUCUGUUGUGUGUCUAACUGUCGGUUAGGUGUCUCUCUUUAAAACACGGGAGUUUUGCCGGUGGAGUAAACGGGGAGAAGCGAGCCGGACCGGGCGACCGUUGGAGGAAAUCAUCCCAAAGAAACGCCGACUACCGCGGGCACAACCGACACCCAGCUCUCGGUGUGUGUUUGGAGUUCAUUUAAACAUUUAUAACAAUUAUUCAUUUUGUUUUUUUGUUUGGGGGAGUUUUGUUUUUAAUGUGGUCGAGUUUGAGUCGAGAGGUUUUCGCCUCAAAUGACGUGGAAUAGCACGAUGAGCAGUGGAUACAGUAGUUUGGAGGAGGACUCCGAGGAAUACUUCUUCACGGCCAGGACCUCUUUCUUCAAAAAACCUUCAGGAAAAGUCACAGUGAACAAGGAUGUGGAGAAGGAGAGAGAGUUGCGGACGGAGUUCAGCAGGGAGGAAAUCAGGCAGAGGAUCGAGCUGUACAACUCGGUGACCAAAGACCACCUCAAAAUGACACUCAGUCCCACUGGUGUGUAUACCGGUUUCAUCAAGGUCCAGAUGGACCUGAGGAGGCCGGUGACGGUGCGGGGGGCUCAGAGAGGAGCAGGAGGAGCCGUGGUGGAGGAGGCCUUCUAUCUGCCCAGAGGAGUCACCAAUACUCUGCACAUCAGCUCCUGUAACACAGUCAAACAGGUGAUCGGCGCCCUGCUGAGCAAGUUCACCGUCGCAGACAACCCGGCCAAAUACGCCCUGUACAAACGCUACCGCAGGGAGGAGCAGGUGUAUGUGUGUAAGCUGGCGGAUGGCGAGCAGCCGUUGUUUCUUCGCCUGGUGGCGGGACCCGACACCGACACGCUCAGCUUCGUGCUGAGAGAACAGCAGACCGGAGAAGUCAUGUGGGACGCCUUCUCCAUCCCCGAGCUGCGCAACUUCCUGCGGAUCCUCGACAAGGAGGAGGACGAGCAGAGGCAGGCGGUGAUUCGCCGCUACGAGGCCUACCGCCAGAGACUGCAGGAGGCUCUGAGGGAGGUCCGAGGGCCUUCUUAGAGGACUCACCGUCCUCCCAUCAAACAGGACUACUGCCCCCUCUCUUUGUUUUUGUUUUUAUUAACCUCCCCAGAGGAGAAAAUAGUGUAAAUUUUGACGGGAUGAGAAGAGAGGAUUCAUCACACGGAUGAAGGGAUGAUACGGACAGAAAGAGGGAGACAGACUGAGAGACACAAAGCGAAUAGACGGACAGAAAUCGGACGGACGCUGCUGGAUUAAAGACUUCACGCCGCUGCCUGCAGCACGUCUGCUCACACCAAAGAUUCACUUAAUGUGCCAUAUUCAUUCAUCCUCUCUCUUCGUCCAUCCCUCUCUUCCUCUUCUCUCUCCUGCUGUCACAUAAUUUAUGCCUCCUCCUCCUCUUCGUUUCCCCUUUUUAUCCUCUUAAACUUGUGAAAGACUCGAGGCCAUAUGUUGAGUUAGAGUUUUAUUUAAUUUGUUUUUAAAGGUCUGUACAUAUUUUUUUUUUCCUUUUUUAAUUUAUAUGGGUGAAGCUUCUUUUUUUUUUAAUUUUGUUUUCUUGAAAAGUCUUAUUAUUAUUUUUGUUUAUCCUGCAGAGGCGGCGCACCGAUCUGGUUGUUGACACAGACGCGGAGAAUAGUUUAUCUGGAAGUGAACACACGGCGAGCGUCGCAUCUCUCAAACUGUAGCUACGCUGGAAGUCGAGACGUCUUGUUUGCUUUUUGCUUUUUGAAGUUUUUCAUGCAGGGAGAAAGAAACGUGAAAGUACGGGGUCUUGAGUGUGCCAAAAGAAAAAUAUAGGACCUUUUUUUUGUGUUUUUAUAUAUUUUAUUUUUGUUUGACUUUGCUCUUAUUAUAACUUUA